AUGGAACCAAACACACAUUUCGAGGAUAGUGUCGAUCGUCUUGUUAUUAACGUGAGUGGGGCGAUCUUUGAAAUAAGCGAGGAAAAAGUCGCGCAUUUUCCGGAGUCUUUAUUAGGCUGUCCGCAGAGAAGACAGAAAUAUUUUGAUUUAGAGCGAGAGGAAUAUUUCUUCGAUCGCCACAGGCAAGCAUUUGAGGGAAUACUUUUUUACUAUCAAAGCGAAGGGAGAUUAAUUUAUCCAGACAAUGUUCCAGCCCAAGUGUUUGAGGAAGAAGUUAAAUUUUUUAUGCUUCCUAUAGAGCCGGACAGCUGCCAGCGUCUAGAGAAUGUUUUACUUGGCGAUGUCAACCGUUCUCGGCCGCUUAACUUGUGGCAAAGGACUUUGUGGGAACUAUUUGAAUUUCCGAAUUCAUCUACAGCUGCAAAAGUGUUAGCCGUCGUUUCACAAGUGUUCAUUGUUGUAUCAAUAGCAGGAUCAUGCUUGAAAACGGUCGAAUCACUCCAGCCACAAAAGAAAAACUCAAUGCUAAAUGCGACAAGAAGGUCAGCUAUAACUUUUCGAGAUGACGAAUGGCUCUCAUUCGAUUUGGUUUGUUACGGUUGGUUUACCCUUGAAUGCGCUGUUCGACUGCUUGCUUCUCCCAACAAAAGCCAAUAUUUUAAGCUCCUUCCAAGCUGGGCCGAUUUAGCCACGAUCGUAAUUUUCUACUUAGAACUCAUUAUUAAAAUGACAUGGCCUUCAGCAACCGCCCUGAUGCUUAUUCUGGAGACAUUGGCAACCGUUCGAAUCUUAAAAAUUGUGCGAUACUCGGCGGGUAUGAAGCUACUGGUACUAACAGUCGCUUCAGGAAUACGAGACCUCGGUCUUUUGGUGACUUUUGCGACGAUUGUUGUAAUUUUGGCUUCCAGCGCAGUGUUCUUUGUAGAAUUCAAUGACGAGCCAAAUAAUCAAUUUCAGAGCAUACCCGAUGGGUUUUGGUGGGCAAUAAUUACAAUAUGUACUGUCGGAUACGGUGAUAAGGUACCCAAAACCCCGAUAGGGAAGUUUAUGGGUGCGAUAUGUGCUGUACUUGGCACCGUAACAAUCGCGUUGCCCUUGUUUCGUUUCGCGUCUCACUUUCGCUCGAAACUCGAAACCUCUGUUUUUAGUAUGCAAGCUCACCGCGAUUCAAAUGCUAACAACAGAAAACGAAGCAGUCAUUCAUCGUAA